AUGGUGAUCAAGCACCUUGAAGGAAUGGAUCCUCCAUGUCUCGGAGAAGAAAAGCUACUAACAAAAAUAGAAUACGAAGAAGAAGAUGAAAAUAUCAGUUACGAUGAGCUUGAGAAGCGGAUGUGGAAGGAUAGGAUGCGCAUGCAGCAGCUUAAAAGUCAAAAUGAGUCAGAUGUUAUUACUACAACUACGACCAAAGAUCAUGAUCACGAUGCUGAUGAUCAGCCGGAAACGUCGUCGGCUUCACCGGCCAGACAAGAAGAGGCGUCACGGAGGAAAAAGAUGGCGAGAGCCCAAGAUGGCGUACUCAAAAACAUGGUCAAGAUCAUGGAAGUCUGCAAAGCCAAAGGCUUCGUCUACGGCAUCGUCCCGGAGAUUGGAAAGCCAGUCAGCGGCUCCUCUGACAGUCUCCGGGCAUGGUGGAAGGAAAUAGUCAAGUUUGACAGGGCUGCACCGCUCGCCAUCGCUGAAAGCUUACUGCCGCCGGAGAUUGUAGAAGAAGCCGGGCCUCAAAUGGGUCCAGCUUCUUGUAUGCAUCUUCUUGGAAACAUGGACGACACAACUUUGGGGUCUAUUCUCUCUGCGUUAAUGCAGCACUGUGUCUCACCACAAAGGAGAUUUCCUAUUGAGAGAGGGUUGGCCCCACCGUGGUGGCCCACUGGGAAGGAGCUGUGGUGGGGCCAGCAAGGAGUUGUUCCAGAACAAAAUCCUCCACCAUAUAGGAAGCCCCACGACCUUAAAAAGUUAUGCAAGGUUAUUGUCUUAGCUGCUAUCCUUAAACAUAUGGCCCCAAAUUUUAAUAGGGUGAGAAGGUUAGUCAACCAAUCAAAGUGUUUACAAGGGAAGAUGACAGCUCAAGAUAGUGCUAUUUGGUCAAAGGUCGUUAACCAGGAAGAAGCCCUCUCACAAGUAGCCAAGAAUCGCCUUAUAAUCUCAUCAGAAGACGAUCGUGAUCAUGAGAAUGAUCAAGUUGACCAGUGCAUAUCAAAGAAGAAAAGAAAGAGUACGUUUGAGAAAGAAGCCUCUUCAGAUAGUCCAGAGCCAUAUGCUUGCCAAAAUACUCUAUGUCCUCAAAGCGAAAAGAGCCCAGGUUUUGUGGACAAUAACACAAGGAAAACUCAAGAAAUGUCACAGCUGUGUGCUUUUCAGCUCGGAGCAGAAAUCACCUCUAGUGAAGAAACUAAUGUUGAAGCCUCGGAUUUAUUGACAAAGGAGACAAGUUAUUUUAAUGAUGCUCAAAAUUUGAGUUUGGCUGAUGAUUGGAUGAAUAGUGAAGCCAAUCAAGCAGUAAAUGAUACUGUGACUGAGAGUGGGGAGACUUUCAAUAAUAUUCCUGGUGUUACUAAUUUUGGAGGCUAUGCAAGCUGUUUGGAGGAGCUAACUAAAUAUAUUGAUCAAAUGGAUCAAGAAGCAGCAUUCCCAUUAAUGCUAGACCUUAUUAUCCCACGUAUUGAUGAUGAUCAACAGGAAACUUCUAUUUGGGAUAUGGGAUUUGACUGA